UCAACCUUCUUGCUGUUUUUUUAUGUGCAUUCGAUUCAAACCGAUCAACUUUUUUUCACAAUUACGCGCCAUCUUGGAUUUUGCGAUGACUGUGACACCGCUGACCAAGAUAUCCCAUCGUUCACUUUGUUUUCGUUCUUUUUGUGGAGGCCUUUGCGAAAAUGGUGAGUCCAUCAAUAGAAGAUAUUACAAUCCUUUGAUUUUUCUCCCAUCCUUCACUGAAAUAACAAUGUUUACAGUAAAAUAGAAAUAUUAGGUCUCUAUUUGUUCAUAUUCCACGUUAUUCCAAUUAUGGAAUGUAAUUAUUAAGGUAAAAAUCGCAUGGGUAUUGACAUGAAUAUUUUUUGUAGCAUGGAAUUGUUGAACGACUUUCAUUUAUUCCCCAACAGUACUACAGUUGAAAGUGAAGACAUAGUAAUAAAUAUACACGUACUAUCAAUCUACGACAUAUGUAAAAGCCGCUUCACCAAGGCCUAAUCUAGGACAUGGCAGUUUUAUACUAAAUAUCAGGAUAUUCUGGGGUAUCACUUGAUAUAACCAUCUACAAAACCCUUCUACAAUUAAUGAUAUCGAGUGUAGAUGCCCAAAGUCCUGAUAUUUACUCAUACACUUUACACUGGAAAUUGCUUAGUAUAUAUACAUGAACUUGCAGUUAGAACUCGACAACUGGCCUCUGUAGCUCGGUUAGAGUGCUGCCCCAGAAUCACAGGGCUGCAAGUUCAAUUCCUGCCAGAGGGCCUAUAGUUGCAUCAGGGGUGGAUCCAGCGAGGUUUUUCUAGGGGGAUGCUGGGUGAGCAGCUGAGUGUUUCUUUAUAAUUCUUUAGGGGGUGGUGGGAGAGCAUUCAAAUGAAUUGGCUUCCUAACAACUUGAGCGCCGAAGGUGCGAGCUCCCUAGGGGGUCCAGGGGUAUGCUCCGGAAAAUUUUGGAAAUUAGAACCCCAGAAAUACCAUUUCCUGCGAUAUGGGCAUUGAAUUAUGAGCUUCAGUUUGACUUCAAAAAAGGAAAAACCUUGGAAAUUGUGUGGUAUUUCUGAAUUUGAUUAUUUUGCACCCCUGUUGACCAAUGCCAACAGGGGGUGUGCACCCCCGGCUCCCCUAUAAAUCCACCCCUGAGUUGCAUUUUUCACAACUGUUCCUGGUUAGAAUGUGUUAGAUCUAAUAAAUGUAUAACCGUUCACACUCAAAAUUUCCAUCUACAAAACCCUUCUACAGUUUAUACUGCUAUAAAUAUUAAGUUACUCAUAAACUAGAUUAAAACAGUUCAAACUUUCUUGCUCAUAUAUUACAGUCAAACCGGAUGUUCUCUUGCAAGCAAUAUUGUCCCACAAUAUUGCAAUUUUGAUAGCCAGAUUGCUCUGAGAAAUUUGCAACCAACGCGAACAAAUUGCAAGUUGAAAUUCACAAAAGAUUUGUAAACAAAGCCUCUGAUUAGAUUAUAAGAAAGAGGGAAGCACCAAUCCAGUUGCUCAGACUGUUUGAUUGGCUUCCCUGUUUCUUAUAAUCCAAUCAGAGGCUUUGUUUACAAAUCUUUUGUGAAUUUCCAACUUGCAAUUUGUUUGUGUCAGUUGCAAAUUGCUCAGAGCAAUCUGCGUAUCAAAAUUGCAAUAUUGUGGGACAAUAUUGCAAUGUUGCUUGCAAGAGAACAUCCGGUUUGACUGUAAUUGGUUACCCUAUCAAGCAAUUUCAUGUAAAUUGUAAGCUGGAGCAGGAUGCAAUAAUUCACAUACUUAUGUACUGGAGGUAUGCCAAUACCACAUAGGUACACUGAAGGUGACAAAACCGUAGUUGAAUAGGUACAUCUGACAUGUCUUGGCAUGAAACCUGAUUGGACAUGCAGGGUCUGAAAUUUGCGGUAUCCCAAUAUCCACGGGAUACUGAAAUUUGGUUUUGGAUACUAAGUUUAUUUCACUUGUAUCCCGAUAGGAUACCACAUUUUUUUAAAAAUCGGGAUAGCAGUUAAUGUUUUAGUAGUCUCCCGCAUUUUUGUUCAUUAAUUUAAAUAGUGCUGUAACAUAAGUUUAGCAUUCGUCAUAACGUUGUAUUUAUGUAGUCCACUCUGGCACUCACACUGAUUGAAUUUGCGAGUCGCCAUUUUGAAUAGUGUUUCCACAUUGAAACAACUGUCCAGAUUUCAGUGAAAAGAAUUUUUUUGAAGUCAAGAAAAGUCAUGAAGAUUGUAAGGAAAUUUGAAGGUCAAUAUAGGUAGCAAAGUGGAUAGCAAAUACAUUUUUUUGCUUGCAAUCAUGAACUAAAAAUACUCAUAAAUAAUUCAUGCAUUUCUUGUGAUAUUAUGUUAAAUUAUUUCAUUAAAACCACCAAAACUCCUGAUGAUGAUACAGGCAAUGGUCUUGAUGAUGAUACAGCCAAUGAUGAUAAUAAUGACAUUGCACUUAGACUGUAAUAUAAUUAAAUAACCCUGUUAACUGUUAAGAAAUUGAACUGUAUAAGUUCCUUUUAGGAUUCUAGUAUAUAAAAUGUGAUGGAUGAAAAUGCUUGACUAAGGGUAAGCCUUAGAGUGAUGUUGGGUUUGGUCCUGGGAUACGAAAAGCCAACUAGUUAAGUAUCCAGAUUUGGGAUACUGGAUUAUCGGGAGGGAUACCAAAUUUCAAAACCUUAGUAUCCAUGUGGAUACUUAAAAAAAAUCAAAUUUCAGACCCUGACAUGAUGAGAUGGGACUAAGUAACAUUCAUUGGAAUCGAUUGUAGUGUUGGAGUGUGAAAUUGUGUUCCACCUUUAAGAAGACUGAUCUUUGUGUACUUUAACAUAAUGACUAAGUACAUCUUGAGUCUUAAGUUUGUACCAGCUCAAGUAUGCUACAAUAAUGUUUUGAAUACCAGCUCAGUACCACAUUUUGUGUCAAAUUGCCUCUACUGCAUCUCUGGGCUAAACGUUGUUAAGUGCAUAGGGUAAAUAACAGUAUCAUGUGUAGCUCGGGAAUACCACUACAGUGUAUACCUCAAAGUGGAUUCCUGGUAAACAAUCGGCCAGAUAUAUGCCAAAGCAAAUUUUUGUUACACCAAUUAAAUGACAAUAUCAUAGCGCUAACAUUAAAAAAUUAGAGCUUUUGUAGGUAGCGAUCCUUCAUAAGUAGGGUCCCCUUUAAUUAGGAGUUCUUGGAGGAGCAACCUCUAAAUUUCAUGUAUACAACAUCAGAACCCAACAAGAUCUAAACUUACUUUCAAGUAGUUGAAAUGGUGUGGAAAUGAGAUGAAGCCCUGUUGUAACUUCACACCAGAGAUCUUCAAACUUGUCAAACAGAUCAUCAUAUCUUGCGCAUAAAUACAUUUGUCUUUACGACCGUAAACAUAUGUUGAUGCACAAAACAAUAUUAUAUUGUAGAACUCUGUUAUGUCAAACUUUGUUAUCUUAAACCCACUUCCUGCAGAACUACAGUGUGAUAAAGAUUGCACUCUUUCAUUUUAAUUUAAUAAGAUACCUAUAACUUAAUUUUUAAAUAAUUUACACUCAUUGGCUGGGACCAAGGGAAACAGUAGUUGAGUGUCAAAGAAAACAUAAAUGACAUGAGAAAGAUACAUAAUUUUUCCUCCAUGACGGAUUGAUUUUAUUAUUCAACAGUGAAUAUGUAGAAGAGUGUUGCCCACCACCCAAAAUUGUUCUCAGGAGACAGUUGAAUUUCAUGAUACUCUCUCAUCCAAAGUCAGAGAUUCAUGAAUGCAUGAACGUUAAACUGUAUUGACAGUGUUUAUUAUAUAUUUCACAUAUGAAAGCGGUAUCAAUUGGUCAUUCGAUCAGCCACAUUAAGUUAUUUAAUGAUAUUGUUAUUUCUUGUAAUUUGACACUGAUUUGAUUAUCUUGAACCCCUGCUAUCUUGAACUCGUUUCUGGGUUCUACUGUAUUGGGAUUGAUCACUGGGCUCUAAAUUGAUGUGUGAAUCAUCAGACAAACUAUCUUUUCUUUGCUCAAGGGUGAACUGGAAUGGGUCUUAUAUCUCAAGAUAUAAAUUGUGAAUUCAGUUUUUCAAGAGAAUACUAUACCAUUGCCAAACGUGUUUUUGAAAAUUUACAGCUAAUAUACCUUAUAAAUUUCUAGACAAAGGGAACCUCAAGUUUUGGUAAACGUCACAACAAAAGUCACACGUUAUGUGUGCGAUGUGGAAGAACAUCUUUCCACAUCCAGAAGAAGAGAUGUGCACAGUGUGCUUAUCCAAAACAAAGGAUGAGAAAAUGUAAGUCAUAUAUGAAAUUUUAUACAUGGUAUACUGAUUACUGUACAAUGUGAUUUCCUAUUUAACCACAAUGAUUAAAGCCGGUUACAGACGAGCAAGUUUCCCAUGACAGGUUCUCAUAUGACAAGUUUUAUUUGCUCGUCUGUUUAAGCAACUUUAUCAAUUUUGUCUAUGACAAGUACACUUGUUCAAAAGCUAAAGUAUGCUAGCUUUUGAACAUGUGCUCUUGUCAUAGAAAAAAUUGGCAAAGUACAAUUUGUGCUCGUCUUUAUAUGAACAAAGAAAAUUUGGCAAAGUAAUUUGAGUACUUGCGUGCAGUUGGUCAGCGAUCCGUUGGCGUUGUCACAGAAUAGGAAGGUACACCAGAAGUCUCACUCAAGCAAGUAUUUGUCCGCGUUUUUACAAGCGAUUCGUCAUCAAUCACGCCAUCCCGGCUAGUACAACCGGCACUUUGUACCUACCAAAACCUGAUAAAAACUUCCGGUUGUACUAGCCAGGAUGGCGUGAGCGAGUUAAAAUUUUCGUGGACGUAAACACCGACUAAAGUUACACUUCUGCUGUACUUUCCUAUUUUGUGGCGUUGUUGUAAUGGCAGUAUAGCCACAGAAUAGAUACUAAACCAGAAGUGUUACUCCUAUGUGUUUUGGCUUGGGAAAAACGUCCGAAAUUUUUUACGUCCUAUGACGACAUCCUGGAGUGCACACGGCACUUUGUACCUAUGUUUGUUGCCAUGAAAAAUUUCCGUGUGCACUCCAGGAUGGCGUCAUAUGAUGGCGUAUUUGGCACGUCAGUACGUAAAAUUUCGGACGAAAUAUCGUCUGAGUGACGUUUCUGGUCUAGUAUCUAUUCUGUGUCGAGGCGGUUGGGAGAACCAAAUUUGUACUAAAACUGAAUCUGAUUUAUGUAGACAACUGGAGUGUGAAAGCUCAGCGCCGCCGAACAACUGGCACUGGCAAAAUGAAACAUUUGAAGAUCGUUCAAAGAAAAUUUAAGAAUGGUUUUAGAGAAGGUGUUCAAGCCAAAUCGAAGAAAAGUCGUAUUGCUGCCCAAGCACCUGCUUCAAGUUAAAUGUUUCUGUGAAGUA